AUGUUAUCUGCUUCAACCAAGAAACUUUUACCAAAACUACCUAUUGGUUGUUCACCACUGAGAAAAAUCAUUUUGUAUUCAUCAAAACUAUUCAGUACUUCAUCCACAUACUAUAAACCCCUACAAUCUGAGAAAACUACGGGCUCCAACCCAGCACUCACAUUUCCUUGUCUAGAUAAAUUGGAGCAUAAAAAUGAGCAGUUGUCAAAAGGUAACCUUAAAGCAUCCUCUACAUCAUUAGAAUCUGGACCAGAACCAAGUUAUGGCAACGUGAAAACUGGAUUUCAUGUAUAUAAAUCAAAGAAGCCCAUAUUUUUAGAUCAUGGAGGGCAUUUACCCGAGUAUGAAAUAGCAUAUGAGACUUGGGGACAAUUAAACAAAGAAAAAUCAAAUCUUGUAUUGGUUCAUACUGGAUUAUCUGCUUCCCUGCAUGCUAAGUCACAACCAGAAAAUCAGCAAAAUGGAUGGUGGGAAAAUUUUAUUGGACUGGGGAAAUUCAUUGACACGGACAAGUAUUUUGUUGUUUGUACAAAUGUACUUGGGGGUUGUUAUGGGUCAACCGGGCCCUCGUCCAUUGACCCUGCAAAUAACGAACAAUAUGCAACCAGAUUUCCAAUACUAAGUGUUAACGACAUGGUUCGUGCACAACGGGAGUUGGUGAGAGACCAAUUUGGAGUUGACAAAAUCCAUGCAUCUAUUGGUGCAUCUAUGGGAGGGAUGCAAUCUUUGGCAUAUGGCUGGGAAUUUCCAGAUGAGGUUGAAAAAAUUAUUACCAUUAGUGGUUGUGCAAGGUCACAUCCAUACUCAAUUGCCUUGAGAUAUACACAAAGGCAAGUAUUGAUGAGUGAUCCAAACUGGAACCGUGGGUCUUACUAUAACAAAACCCCACCACAUGUUGGUAUGAAGUUAGCUAGAGAGAUUGCUACCGUAACGUAUCGAUCAGGACCUGAAUGGGAAUAUAGAUUUGGUAGACAAAGGGCUGACGAGAGCCAACCACCUGCAUUAUGUCCAGAUUUUUUGGUAGAAACCUAUUUAGAUCACGCUGGAGAAAAGUUCUGUCUUGAAUACGAUGCAAAUUCUUGGCUUUAUGUUUCAAAGGCAAUGGAUUUGUUUGAUUUGGGAUACAAAAGUAGAAGCAAAGCAUUAGAAUCUAGAUCCAAAGCUGAAUCGCUGUACUCAGGUAAAGUUACGAGCAAUAUUCCCAAACUUGCUAUUCCUGAAACCCCAUACCAAGAAAAAUCCACAAAGGCCAUCAUUACAGUAGAGGAAGGUCACCUUGAUCUAAAGAAAGGGAUGACUCGAUUGGCCAAUAAAGAUGUGCUAGUUGUAGGUGUGGAGUCAGAUAUUUUGUUUCCCGUUUGGCAACAGCGUGAAAUUGCAGAUGUAUUGAUGGAAAAUAAUGUUUCGGGUAAUGUCGAGUACUUUGAAUUGGGAAACGAUAUAUCCAAUUAUGGGCAUGACACUUUCUUGUUAAGCUUGAAUGAUAUUGGUAGACCAGUGAAGAAAUUUUUAGAAGACUAG